CAGCUCAGAAUUCAGGAAGACAUAAAGUCUCGUUCCUCUGCUCUCCAAACUGAAGCUUCCUUUUCUUUCUCUAUAGCAGAAUCACCUUGAUCACCAUGUCUGCCUCUCUUGCUCCCGAAUGCAAUGAGCUCAAAGAGUAUGCUCGACAGCUUGCUCCUCAAAGAGAAAUAUCAGAAGACUGACAGCCCUUAGGCGUUAUGACUCCUGUUUUCUCAAAUGGUACAGCGAAAAGUUCCUUCGUGGCAACUCCUCCAACAACGACUGUGAAAAGGUCUUUGAAGAAUAUAAGAAAUGUCUUUCGGUAUGGCUUACCUGAAAUCAAAGAAGGCGAAAGAGAAAUUGCUCCCUGGAUGGCAUCACUAAGACAUCAGCAACAGAAAACUUUGAAAGACCGCGGCAUUGACACCAUGUUGGAAGACGCUCGUAAGAAUAGCAAGGAAAAUGACGAACAUCACAUGAAGAGAUCCUAUGUCCCUCGACUUCCUGAUGGAACUCUAGAGUUCACAUAA